AUGGCGAUCUCUGAGAUUGGGAGAGCUGGGGUGGGGCCAGACUUGGAGGUGGGGCUGAGGCCAAUGAGAGGCCCUGCCUCAGUUUCCCUCACUGGCCAGGAGGCAGCAGAGAAAACUGGCCUGUGCUGGAAAGCUGAGCUUGCUGGAGAGCUGGGAGCUGCUGUUUCUGGUCAGGGUGGGUGGUGGAUUGGGGUUGAAAUAGCUGGGCUGGGGCCAGAACUGGAGCUGGAGCUGAAGCUGAAGCUGGUGUCAGUGAGAGGCCCUGCCUCAGUUUCCCUGACUGACCAGGAACUGCAGACUGAACUGGGCUCUGCUGGAAAGUUGCUGGCUGCCCUCUCCACGUUUUUGCUUUCUGCCUUUGGACGCUGCCACGGAAGCAUCGUUGAACUCUCUCUUCUCACUGCCGUCUUGUCUAAGUCCGUGUCUCCCAAAGAGCCCAAACAGCUGUGGAAACUCUUUAUCAGAGAAUUGAGAUUUGAAACAACUGAUGAAAGCCUGAGGAGCCAUUUUGAGCAAUGGGGAACGCUCACAGACUGCAUGGUAAUGAGAGAUCCAAACACCAAGUGCUCCAGGGGCUUUGGGUUUGUCACGUAUGCUACUGUGGAGGAGGUAGGUGCAGCCAUGAAUGCAAGGCCACACAAGGUCGAUGGAAGAGCUGUCUCAAAGGAAAGAGAAGAUUCUCAAAGACCGGGUGCCCACUUAACUGUGAAAAAGAUAUUUGUUGGUGGCAUUAAAGAAGACACUGAAGAACACCACCUAAGAGAUUAUUUUGAACAGUAUGGUAAAAUUGAAGUGAUUGAAAUCAUGACUGACCAAGGCAGUGGCAAGAAGAGGGGCCUUGCUUUUGUGACCUUUGAUGAUCAUGACUCUGUGGAUAAGAUUGUCAUUAAGAAAUAUCAUACUGUGAAUGGCUACAACUGUGAAGUACAGAAAGCCCUGUCCAAACAAGAAAUGGCUAGUGCUUCCUCCAGCCCUAGAGGUUGAAGUGGUUCUGGAAACUUCGGUGGUGGUCGAAGAGGUGGUUUUGAUGGUACUGACAACUUUGGUCAUGGAGGAAACUUCAGGGGUUGUGGUGGCUUUGGUGGCAGCAGUGGUGGUGGUGGCAGAUAUGGUGGAAGUGGGGAUGGCUAUAAUGGAUUUGGUAAUGAUGGAAGCAAUUUUGGAGGUGGCUAUAAUGAUUUUGGCAAUUACAACAAUCAGUCUUUAAAUUUUGGACCCAUGAAGGGUGGCAACUUUGGAGGCAGAAGCUCUGGCCCUUAUGGAGGUGGGGGUCAAUACUUUGCCAAACCACAAAAUCAAAGUGGCUAUGGCAGUUCCGGCAGCAGCAGUAGCUAUGGCAGUGGCAGAGACUUUGCCAAACCACGAAAUCAAGGUGGCUAUUGUGGUUCCAGCAACAGCAGUAGCUAUGGCAGUAGCAGAAGGUUUUAA